CUGCGCAGUUUUGAGUCCGUCGGGAGGACUGCACAGUUGCAGCGAUAACUGAUCUCGUGAGCUCUGAAAACCGUGACCUGCGCAGACAUGUCGUUGCGUGUGGACACUUACUCCGUUUUCCAAUCCGUUUUGUUCCUCAGUUUUCUCUAAUCAUCCGACCAUGGCAGAUCUGCGGCAAUGUUCUCGCGAGUUUUUGACGGAUUUUAUUUCACAUUAUGAAAGUUUUCCGUGCCUUUGGCGAGUUAAAUCUAAAGAGUACAGUGACAGGGACAAAAAGGGGGAAGCGUACGAGAGAUUGGUUGAAAAGUUCAAAGAAAUAGAUGUCAACGCGAGCAGGGAGACAGUGGUGAAGAAAAUCAAUUCUUUGAGAAGCGUUUAUCGCAAAGAAUUGGCAAAGGUAAACAAAUCGAUUCGAUCUGGGGCUGGAGAAGACGAAAUUUACAAGCCAUCUCUGUGGUAUUUCGAUUUGCUGCAUUUUCUCAAUGAUCAGGAGACACCAAGGCCGUCGAGGAAUACCAUGGACGAAAGUGAAGAGUCUGUAAACUGCGACGAAUCAUCACAACUGGUGGAAGACGAUGUGCAAGAAACUGUUAUUGACAGUGGGCUCAGUGAAGCUGCUACUACCCCUGCUACUCCUGCUUCCGAAGCAUCUACGAGUACUUCCCAUUCUGUCAAUACCUCGCACAAGUUAACUCGUAACAAGAGGAAGGCUGUUGGGAAUGAUGAUGGCACAAUUGAAGUCCUGCAGGUGAUAGGGAAGAAACUGGAAUCGCUACAGGCAGAUGAUGCAUUUCAGGUAUUCGGAAAACAUGUGGCUAAUAAACUCAGAGAAGUCCCGAAUUCACAAAACAUAAUUGCUCAGAAACUAAUUUCCGACGUUUUAUUCGAAGCUGAGUUGGGUACGCUUACCAGAAAUUUUCGAAUUGUUGACAUGAAAAGCCAGCGACAAGAUGAUUUUGGUUCAAUGAAUGCCACGAAUUAUUGGCCUCAACAGAAUACGCCACAUCAAAUCAGAAUGCAACAAAAUCUUUCUUCACAAGUUGGACAAUACCACUCCUUCUCGCAGCAGCCGCAGCCUAUGCCACAUAACUACGUCCCAGAACAAAUACCUCACACUCAGGAGUAUGAAACAAUUGGGAAAAUUCCGGCAGUUUCAUGCAUCAUCCCACAGCAAGGUGAACAAGAUGUACAGACACGCGCCCACCAAGCCCCUGCCCACUCUCCCCAGGCGAAAAUUGACCACAGGAGAACCUCCUCCAUGGCGAUAUCACACAAAACUGAGCGGAAAAUACAAGACUGCACCGUCAAGACUGUACCGUCUGGACGCUCAAAGUUGCAACGGUUUCAUUCCGUCUUAAAACUGCGCGGAUUUAAAACGUUGUGCAAAACGGAGUGUCUGGACCGGCCUUAA